CGGAAAGCUUGCCGGGAUGACAGAAGAGGAGAGGCUUCUCUACAUGCAGCAGAAGGCUCAAGCUGAGGAGGAGAUAGCCAAGAGAAAAGAGGACAUGCUCACACACUUCCUCAAGGUUGAAACCCAGUCAUGAACUGAAACAGAAACAGCUGUGUAGGAGGCUUAAAACUGGGUGAGGAACAGCUAAACUCUGCUGCCAAGGUGAGGAUGUGAAAGACAUCUUCGUGUCGUGACAAGAUUGAACACAGCAACAAGACACCAGGUAGUUAUACUGCAUCAAAAAGGUCUCUCCCAGACAAAGAUUUCAAAGCAGACUGUGGUUUCAAGAUGUGCUGCUCAAGCUCUUUUGAAGAAGCACAAAGAAACAGGCAACGUUGAGGAUCAUAGAUGCAGGGGUUGGCCAAGGAAACUUAGUGCAGCAGAUGAAAGACCCAUCAAGCUUAUUACCCCUCGAAAUCAAAGGAUGUCCAGCAGUGCCAUCAGAUCAGAGCUGGCAGAAACCAGUGGGACCCAGGUACACCCAUCUACUAUCUGGAGAAGUCUGGCCAAAAGUGGUCUUCAUGGAAGCAUUGCAGCCAAAAAGCCAUACCUCAGACAUGGGAACAUGGCCAAGCGACUCAAGUAUGCACGAAAACAUAGGAACUGGGGUACAGAAAAAUGGCAGCAGGUGCUUUGGACUGAUGAGGUAAAAUUGAAAUAUUUGACUGUAGCAGAUCGUAGUUUGUUUGUCGAAGGGCUGGAGAGCGGUACAAUAAUGAGUGUCUGCAGGCAGCAGUGAAGCACGGUUGAGGUUCCUUGAACGUUUGGAAUUGCACUUCUGCAAAUGGAGUUGGAGAUUAGGUCAGGAUUAUUGGUGAUCUCAAUGCUCAGAAAACAGGCAGAUACUUAUCCAUCAUGCAAUACCAUCAGGGAGGUGAAUGAUUGGCCCCAAAUUUAUUCUGCAGCAGGACAACGACCCCAAACAUACAGCCCAAGUCAUUAAGAACUAUCUUCAGCGUAAAGAAGAACAAGAAGUACUGGAAGUGAUGGCAUGGCCUCCACAGAGCCCUGAUCUCAACAUCAUCGAGUGUGUCUGGGAUUACAUGAAGAGACAGAAGGAUGUGAGAAAGCCUACAUUCACAGAAGUUUUGUGGUUAGUUUUUCAAAAUGUUUGGAACAACCUACCAGCCGAAUUCUUUCAAAAACUGUGUGCAAGUGUACCUAGAAGAAUUGCUGCUGUUUUGAAGGCAAAGGGAUAAACUGCAGAAAGAGGAGAGGAACAGCGUGCUGAACCUCCAUAAGCUGCGGCAGCAAUGGCGGGUUGUUUUAACGCAGACCAAGAUAGCAGAGUUACGCAGUGACAUGUCAGUGCUCAGUCAGAACUUUGAGAGAGUCCUGGACUACAAAGAUGAUAUCAUUAAGAGUUUGGUGGCCGAUCUGUCUGAGAGGGAGCAGCAGUCGGAGCUGGCACGCAGUUCUCAUCUGCAGAACGUGGACUGUCUGUUAGAGCUUCAUAGGAGUCGGCUGGCAGAGCUAGAGUUGAACUUCAACACAAGUCUAGAAGAACUUGGUUCAGAGUAUAACACUGAGAGAGAGCAAAUUCUUUCAGAGCACCAGCAGGAGAGUAUGUAUUUGGAGAAAGUGAUGUUUUCCAUGGAAAAACAUUACGCUGAUCUCGACAGUGAGGCUAGACGUGACUACGAGAGCACUCGCAAUCAAAUAAAAAAACAGAACAAAGAGGAUAAGCAAACAGUGAAAGACCAGAUGGAAGGGGUUGUGGAAAAACUAUGGCGGGAACUGCAGCAGGUUUUAUACCACUACAACGAGACCACCAAAGACAGAUUCAUCGCAACUGAGUCUCUGCAAAUCAAGGAUGAACAAAGUGCCAAAGAGAUUGACAUGCAUAAAAAGCACAUUCAGAAGUUGCAGGAGUCUGUCUCUUCUCUGCGCUGUCAGCUGAGCUCCAGUCAAACCGGAGGAACGGCUCAGCAGCUUCAUUCGGAUCGUGAAGACCUCGCUCAGAAAGUUCAACAUUUCAGAGUCCAGCUUGCUGAGGGCCAGGCCGUUCGGAGAAAGCAGCUCACCAGACUUACCAUUCAAAGCAGCGAUGCUACUAAAAAACUACAAGACACUGUAGCAAUGGGGGAAAGGCUGAUUCGUCUCUCUGAGAUGUGUAGUAAGCUGGAGACAGAGUAUGAGAAGGUUCUGCCCUUCUACACAUCCUCACUGAGUGAAGAAGAGCUGAACCAGGAGAGGGCCAAUGCCAUGGAGCCGUCGACUGAGAAACUCGCUCAGCUAAUGCUUGACUAUUUGCCUCUUGAGAAGUUCUGGCAACGGUACAACAAGGUUCAGCUUGAACAUUUGUGUCUGAAGCGAGAGAAGACGCUUCUGUUACAGGAGAACGAGCGACUGAGGCUCUAUCUGAAGCAGUAUCUGGAUGAAGUUUCGGUUUCUGAUGAGAGUUUUCGGCAACAGAAUCUUCUGGUGGUGUUGUCUCCUUCUCUUCAGGACACUGCUGCCUCAGAGAGACGCGAUCAGAAACGUUAUGUGGUCCAAGAAGCAGCCAAUGUUGUGCACAAACAGUUUUAGAGAAUAAAAAUGCUAUGUGUAAUGCUAAAGUGUUUCUGGUUGCAAUUAAAAUGCUUUCUGCCUAGCA